AUGGCGUUCUUCUCUGAUGAUGAUGCGUCCCAAUAUCAAAUUAGGAGCAGCAAGAACAUGACCUACAAGAUGAGAGGGGACAUGAAGAAGCUCCUCCCAGUCACCACCUUCCUCCUUGGCGCGGCGUUGACAGCUGCGUUGGUCUUCCUCAAUGCUGCUCUGGAUGUGAACUGGCGGCCCUCCGCCCUGGCCUUAUGGGGCAAUGGUACUCAGCCGACCCCCAACCCCAAGACGAAAGCAUUGACAGAGCUGGCAGAGGUGCUGAAGAACGCAUCCAUGGAGGACGGCACGGUGAUCAUGACGUCCAUCAACCAGGCGUACGCCGCGCCGGGGUCCCUCCUGGACCUCUUCCUGGAGAGCUUCCGGGUGGGCGAGGGCACGGCGCACCUGCUGGACCACGUCCUCAUCGUGGCCGUCGACCCCGGCGCGCUCCGGCGGUGCCGGUCGGUGCACCGGCACUGUUACCUCCUCCGUCGCUCCCCGGGCGCCGUGGACUACAGCGGCGAGAAGCACUUCAUGACCAAGGACUACCUGGACAUGAUGUGGGGCAGGAACCGGUUCCAGCAGACCAUCCUCGAGCUCGGCUUCAACUUCCUCUUCACGGACAUCGACAUCAUGUGGUUCCGGAACCCGCUGCGGCACAUCGCCAUCACGUCGGACGUGGCCAUCGCGAGCGACUUCUUCAACGGGGACCCGGAGAGCAUGGGGAACCGGCCCAACGGCGGGUUCCUGUACGUGAGGUCGGCGAACCGGACGCUGGAGUUCUACCGGCGGUGGCGGCGCGCGCGGCGCAGGUUCCCGGCGGGGACCAACGAGCAGGAGAUCCUGGGGCGGGCGCAGAGGGAGCUGAGCCGGCGCUCCGGCGUGCGGAUGCAGUUCCUGGACACGGCGCACUGCGGCGGCUUCUGCCAGCUGAGCGGCGACAUGGGCAGGGUGUGCACGCUGCACGCCAACUGCUGCACCGGCCUCGCCAACAAGGUGCACGACCUCAGGAACGUGCUCAGGGACUGGAGGAACUACACGGCGGCGCCGCCCGAGGACCGGCGCGUGGGAGGCUUCCAGUGGACCAGGCCCGGCAGGUGCAUCCGCUGA